GCCCGAGCUCCGGGAGGUGCGAUACGGCGGUGGAUGGGCGAACGCGAGCGAGGGCGCGGAUGGGGGGGUGACGCUCACGCUCACGGCGCCGCCGUGGUGCGGGAGCACGCGGGCGGUGGCGCUGGCGCUGGAUCGAGAGCUCGAUGGAACGGGCGACGGCGACGCGCGGGUUAUUUGGUCCAGGCCGUGGCGACCGACGCGGGGGGGGGCGCGACGAGGGAUCGGGCGGUGGAGCGAACCGCGCGCGGAGUUCGCGUUCGGCGACGCCCGGGCGCGGUACGGAGGGGAGUGGAGCGCGGCGGCUUUGGCGCGCGCGGCGAGGGCGUUGCGACGGGAAACGUCGGGAAAGAACGCCAGUGCGUUGGCGCUGUGGCCGUUCUCGAGGUUGCGAGACGCGCACGAGAUUGGGGAGUUUUUUGACGGCGCCGGGACGGAGCUGUCGCUCGUGGUGUUGGAUCCGUGCACGUCGGAGGGCGGGUGCGCGUCGACGACGUCGAUGGAGACGCUUCGCCGGGCGAUCGUGCACACGAUGGGGUACUCGCCGAAGAAUAGAUUAGGGGUGCUCAUGGGUGCCGAUGCGUGGCGCGUGGGGGCAAAGUUGCUUCCGGAUUUCGAUCCGGAUGACAUCACCGCCGUCGCCUUCGUGCGAGGCGCGCUGCACUCGACGUGGACGCAGCAAAUGACGAACGAAACGAUAGAGCAGUGGGUGAGCGCGCUCGCGAAUGCGACGCUGAAUACGGUCGUACACCGUGGGUUUUUCAGCCUGAGUCCGUUUAGUCCGGCGGUUGGAGCUCGAAAACUCGCGAUGAUUUUCGUCGACGAGGCGGACGAAGACGUCGACGAGCUAGGAGGGUACAUUCACAGUCUCGCGGAACGGAGCCUGAACGCCACCUUGGGGGUAGUGGACAUCAGUCGCGGGACGUGGCUGUUGUGUCAACUCACGGACGCGUGCGAUGGUUCCGGGGAUGACGCCGAAGACGACCCCGAGCGAUCGUCGGCAUCCGCGCAGGCAAUUUACGUCGCGCUCGUCGACGUUGAAGCCGACGUCGUCACGACGGUGAACGUCUCGCCACUUCCCGAUGGUGCGCUCUCAGAGACGCGUUUACAUACGCGAUCGACGAAGCGGACGCCCAGGACACCGCCCGGCACGCGACCGCCGCGCGUGGCGCACGUCACGAGAAACCAGCUCGAUUACAAAAUGGCGCAAGCCAUGACGCUGCGCCGGAGAGGAAAGUUUUCCGUCCUCUACGGUUCGUCGGCGUGCGCUUUCUGCCAGCGCUUUCACGCCUUGCUCAACGCAGCGUUGGGCGAUCUGGACUCUCGAACCUUGGUCGACGGUUCGCAAGCGGCGCGCGUGUUCCAAAUCGACUGCUCGACGAACGACUGUCACGCCCGAUGGGACGCGUCGUCGUCGUCCCUCGUCGACCGUGUCGCGCGCUACCCCACCCUCGUCACCUUCGACGGCGCUCGUGGAACGUCCACGGUGUAUCGCGGCGCGAUGUCCGCCCGCGAGAUCCAGCGUUUCCUCGCCUCCUAG